AUGAGGAUACCUUCUUUGCGCAAACGUCCAACUAGAGUAGUUCCAGCUUCAUUCACGAAUAUUAUAUCUGGAAGUAGAGAGAAUGAUACAAUUACAGCUGAAAGUUGUGAAAAAGACAGUGUAUCGGAUGAUAGUACCAAUAAAACUAUAUCACAGAGACCGUUCAUAACUUCCAUAUUCGGUGCGCUCGAAAAGGUAUCUCACAGGGAAACUAACACAAAGCCCUGGGAUUCUUCCAAACUAGCUAGACUCAAAAGCCACCAAAACAACGCAUUUGAGUUCAAAAUACCUCCAAAAAACGAUGAUACUAAUGAGAUCCGCCAAGAUAUAGAUUUAGAUCCUCUAGGAAGUCAUGGGCAGGAUGAUACUAUAUCUCACUGUAAAUCAGAUAACGGAAGCUCUGAACCAAGUAUUCACGAAAAUACCAAAGAUGUGUCGCAUAAUACAACUAAAAAAAAUUCAUUAAAGCCAAAAUACCAACUGAAUUAUAUUGCUACUAUUCAUUCCUCUGAUAAUGAUGUAUCGUCUGAGGAUGUCUCAGAUGUUACAAAGGAUGAAAACGGGAAUGUAAAAGGUGAUUUAAUGAGUGGGAGAUAUUCGCAUCUUGCACAAUAUCGCAAUGAAAGUGUCCGAUCGCUUUUGGAAAAGGGGCUAUCUGAGCUUGAAUAUUUCAAUCUUCUUAUAAAGGAACGUGCUACAAAUGGGGAAUUGAAAGACUGUCUGAAUAUAUUAUCCGAGCUAAAGGAACGUAAUAUACCCCUUUCUACGGAGACAUAUAACAAUGCUUUAAUAGGAUGUGUGAAAUCUAAGGAUCCAAAAACUGCCAGAUACUUAUUCCUUUGCUUAAGAUCUGAUGCAUUACCACCUGAUUUAAGAACCUAUACGCUCCUGAUAAAAACGCACAUGUCAUCUGGCGAUGUAUCUAGUGCAUUUUCCCUUUACAGAAAAAUGGAAAAGGAAGGAAUUAAAGCAGACUUGGUAAUAUUUUCUGUGCUAAUCGAUGGACUAAUUUCAAAAGGGUACAUUUCAAACGCUUGGAGAUUGUAUAACUAUAUGAGAACUUGGAGAUUGAUAGAGCCUGAUGAGGUUUUGUUCACAAUAAUGAUAAAAGGAUGUGUAUCUACGCGGGAGGCUGAAAAGGCUUUGACGCUUUAUGAUGAAAUGUUACAGCUUAAAAAAUAUCCUACCUGCUAUACGUAUGGAGAACUAAUCCACUGUUUAUCAAAUAGAAGAGAUUAUUUCCAAAAGUGUUUUUCUCUUUUUAAUCAGAUGAAAGCAGAAGAAUAUCAGAUCCCUCCACAGAUCAUAUAUUAUUUGUUACAGGCAUGUGCAACAUGCGGAAACAUACGAAAAGCAAAAGAGGUAUUCUUUGAGGCUAAGAAUUUAGGGAUUAAAGUUGACGAAGAAAUGUAUAUACUGCUCAUAAAGACAUUCGCAAAACAAAUUGGCCGAGAUAAUAUGACGGAGAAUGAGAAGAUCAAUAGCAUUCGCAAAGUAUGGGAAAUCGUUCAUACGAUGUCUUCCAAUAAUAUGAAGGUAACCACAAGGUUGCUUAAUGCAAUAAUUUUGGUUUAUGAAAAUGGAAACUACUAUGAUUAUGCAUUGGACGUACUUGGGCAUUUUUCAAGAUUUAAUGCUAAACCUGACUAUAUGACAUACUUUAUCCUACUAAGAAUGCUCGGAUCGAAGCAGAAGGACCCAGGGAGGUUCUUUACUUUGUGGACUGAAGCCAAAGUAGAAAUUCAACCAGGGAAGAGUCUUUUGUGCAUGGCUCUAGAAAUGGCAAUUUUAUCGAAAUCUGCGAAAAAGACUCUUGAAAUACUCAAUGAGAUGUACUGUGCAAAAGUGUUUCCAACUCCUGCUCUAAUGAGGAAGUUGUACGAGAGUGGAAAAAAAAUUACACAAAUUCAUCUAAUGAUAAACAACUUGGUGACUCUGCAGAGACAACUCGUAUUUGAUGAAAAGACAAGGGAAAAGAAUAUGUUACAGACAUAUGUUGACGAACAUUCACUGAAUACAAAUCGCAUCAUUUAG